CGGUAGAUAACAUGACAUGAGCAUGCAGCCAUGUAACCUAUAAAGCCCCCAGUCACUCUCUUCUGUUUCAGCAGCUGUCUGCAAGGCGACAAUGGCACAUAAACAUAUAUUGUGGAUCUUUACCCUAACUGCUUCACUCAAUCUCUCAGUGAGUCAUGGUCCUCUUGAAGGAGUGAGCGACUAUGAGGUGGUCCGACCCAUCAGGCUACAUUCUCUGCAGAAAAGAGAAACACAAUCAUCCAGACUGGAAACUCUGAAGUAUGCAAUGAGAGUGGGUGGGAAAGACAUUGAGAUGCAUCUGGAGAAGAAUGGCGAAUUACUCACCAACGACUACAGUGAGACUUACUACACUGAGGAUGGUACACCAGUCACCUCUACACCUCAGGAUGUGGACCACUGCUACUACCACGGCACCAUUGUGAAUGACAGUGUGUCAACGGUUAGCAUGAGCACCUGCGAUGGACUCAGGGGAUAUUUCAGAACAGCCGCCCAAAGGUACCUGAUUGAGCCUCUGUCAGGGUGGGAUGAUGGCGAUCACGCAGUGCUGAAAUACGAGGACCAGAGCUCCAAGCCUGUGACGUGUGGAGUCACCAACACUAGCUGGAAUGCAGACUACCCUCCCAUAACUAGCAAGAGCCGCUCUCGUGGCUCAGGUCCAUCUCUACUUCAACAGCAAAAGUAUGUUGAGCUCGUCCUUGUUGCAGACAACCGUGAGUACAAGAACAUGAAAAGUAACCUCGGAGAGCUGCGUAAGAGGAUAUUUGAAGUGGUCAACUUUGUCAACAUGGUAUACAAGCCCCUCAACACCUUCAUUGCCUUGGUUGGUCUGGAGGUGUGGACAGACAAUGAUAAGAUAUCAGUGACCGCCCCUGCUGGUGCCACCCUGGAUGCCUUUACCAAGUGGAGGAACAGCGACCUGGUCAACAACAAGCGUCAUGACAACGCACACCUCAUCAGUGGCAUUGACUUUGAGGGUUCGACGGUGGGUCUGGCCUUCAUUGGGACUCUAUGUUCAGAUCAUUCAGUUGGGAUUGUGCAGGAUCACAAUCCCAAGGCCAUUGCUGUAGGGGCCACAUUGGCCCACGAGAUGGGCCACAACCUGGGCAUGAACCACGAUGACUCCAGUGCCUGUACUUGUUCUGGGAAUAGUUGUAUAAUGGCCGGGGCCCUCAGCUGGGAUAUCCCAAAGUCAUUCAGUAGCUGCAGUAGUGUAAGCUAUGACCAGUUUCUGAAUAAUCGUAACCCUGAGUGUCUGCUGGACAAGCCAGACUACCGGAAUGUGGAAUCAACCCCAGUGUGUGGCAAUGGCUUCCUGGAGACAGGAGAGCAGUGUGAUUGUGGCUCCCUGGAGGAGUGUACAAACCCAUGCUGUAAUGCCACCAGCUGCACACUGACUAAGGGCUCAGAGUGUGCUGCAGGAGCGUGCUGUGACAACUGUAAGAUAUUGUCCUCGUCCAGAGAGUGCAGAAUGAAGCAUGAUGACUGUGACUUGCCAGAAUACUGCACAGGGAAAUCAGCCGACUGUCCCGAGGAUGUCUUCACUGUCAACGGGAUUCCCUGUGAUGGAGGACGUGGGUACUGCAACAACGGCCAGUGUCCACAGCACCACACCCAGUGUAUGAAAAUGUAUGGACCAUCUGCUGAAACCGCCAGAACGUACUGCUAUGAGCAGAACACCAGAGGACUGUACUACGCCUACUGUAAACGGCCUUCAAAGGACCAGUACAUCCCCUGCCAGAGACAAGAUGUGCAGUGUGGGAAACUCUUCUGCAAGAACGGUAAUGACAACCCCAACUAUGGUCGCAUGGUGAAAUUCUCAGACUGCAAAGCCUCAUUCUACGAUGAUCACACCAGUGAUUUUGGACAAGUGGACACUGGGACCAAGUGUAAUGAUGGAAAGGUGUGCAGCCAGAAUGAAUGUGUGGAUUUUGAGACGGCCUACGGACCUAGAGUCACCAACUGCUCAGCACUAUGUAAAGGACAUGCUGUGUGUAAUCACAAAAUGGAGUGCCAGUGUGAGCCAGGAUGGUUACUUCCCGGCUGUGAUACAAAGGAUGAACGCUUCACAGGUCUCUCCAGAGAAGGACUGAUUGCCAUUAUAGUGACAGUCACUCUGCUGCUCCUGGCUGCUAUUGCUGGGGUAGUGGCUGUGUUCCUUAAGAAGAGACAACAGUCCCCCACUCUCCCUAGCUACCAUACCCAGCAGAAAACCUAUAAAGUGUACAACGACCACAAUAACAAACUGCCAAUCCCCAGCCAAAACAACACUAUGCCACAACAGCCCAAGCGACCAAAGGGUGGUCCGCCCCCACCCCCUCCUGCUGCUAACCAAUCACGGGCCCCAGCCCAUGACUUCAGGGCCGUACGACAGGCUUUGAGGCCCCCACCCCCACGGGUCUGAUGUCGCCACCGAGGAAACAGGAGGAUCACACAGACCUUACCAAGAUCUCAAAUGUAGGGCUGCCAGAGCUGAGUGCACUUAGUGCAUUGAGACCUCAAGUCUUUAGGAUAGUUUUACAGAUAGUUGAAGUUCACAUACACCUUACCCAAAUACAUUUAAACUCAUUUUUUUUUUUUUACAAUUCCUGACAUUUAAUCAUAGUAAAAAUGUCCUGUCUUAGGUCAAUUAGGAUCACCACUUUAUUUUAAGA